AAUAUAGUUCUUGGUGAGGAACAGUUGGUGCUUCUUUGGUGGAAUUGUUAGUGCUGAAAUUUUGAGAUCGUUCGAGUUGCUUGUGAAAUUGGAUCAAAAGUGUUUUGAGAGAUGACUUCCGAAGUCUAUCGGUAUUACUAUAUCCCGUGCAAGGGUGAUCUGCUGGAGAUGGAUCAGAUGAAUGAGGCACAGGGAUAUAUUGGACAGCCGUAUUUGCAGAAUUAUCUACCCUUGGUACCACACUACGACAGCUCCUUCUCUGAUGGCUGGCACACGCCAAGUCCAGGCAGUAUGAGAUCGUCCAGUCCUGAGUAUAUUGAUUUAAAUCCGCCACCUCAAUUUGGAGUCCCAUGCAAAACCAUACCGCCAAUUGAUUCUCUCACGAAAGGGAAAAAGCGAAAUUAUCGAAAGCAUCAGUCUGCGAUAAUUUCAGUCACGAAAGACACCGCUCUCAAUUCGCCGGAGGAUGGACCGUGCAAAAAGCCACCAAGUGAAAAUAAUCUCGUCGUCACAGUCUUCAAUGAAUCAUCAAUGGCCAUUGAUCAGGAUAUUUUGACGGAAGACAGUGCUGAUGAAGCCCUCUUCGAUGUGACGGACUACCCAAGUAGCACAGAAGGGAUCGAUGGAGGUGGAAAGAAGAGACGUGGGAAGCAAGUGUCGCCAGUGGUGAAGCGCAAAAGACGUUUGGCGGCAAAUGCCCGUGAAAGGAAACGCAUGAGGACACUAAAUUCUGCCUUUGAUAGACUCCGACAGUACUUGCCAUCAUUGGGCAAUGAUCGACAGCUUUCCAAGCACGAGACUCUCCAAAUGGCACAAACUUACAUCACAGCCCUAUGGGAAUUGCUCCAGUAAUCCCUGGAAAUUAUCCAGGACAUCUCAUCAGUAUUAUACUUUACUAAGAUAUAGUGCUUCUGAGGCUGGCCCAAUCAAAAAAUCCCUGUUGCCAUUCAAAUUGUUAUUUGUACAAUGUUAGUUAACUAUUCGCGUCUAUUUAUUGCCAUUUUUUUUUAUAAAAAAUUAUUCGCCAUGCCAUGUACCAAUUCCUAAGAUAGUGUAACGAUUUUAGGUAGAUAUCAUCCAAUUUGUUGUGUACUGAGAUGUUAAGAACAAAUAUUUGAAAAAAGAAAAACAAAAAAAUGUUACAAUGACGAUUUUUUUUCGAGACUGAGAAAACACUUGUAACAUAAUUGAUAUUAAAAAUUAUAUUACCUUAGUGAAAUUGUAUUUUUUCUAUCCUUUGUGAUUUGCCCUCCACUCCAUCCUCCUGGAAACCAAAUCCUUUUGUUCUGCUCAACCACAUUGCAGGUAAAUUCUCAAACAGGUCGAUUUUUUUUGUGAAUCUUUCGUCGUUAUUUUUUUUUGUCCGAACGUCUAGGUUUUGGAGAGAUACCUGAAUCAAUUUUUUUGUUAGACUAUAUUUUUUAUUGCAUACUCUAUCUUUUCCUUGGAGAUGCGACUAAUUUUUUCACACAGCCCAGUAGAAGCUCCAAUGCAAUUCCUCACGGAAUUCUCAUGAAGUUGAUUGUCUUGGAAUGAUAAAGUUUUACAAAAUCUUGCUAUCAUGUUCGUGAUUUUUCGACAAUUUAAUAAAUUUAUCUCCACAUCUGGGAUGGUUACUAUCUUAAUUUUGGGCAACAAGUGCACGCUACCUCUGAAGAGAUUUUUAAAAAUUCUUUGGUGAAUCGAUCAAUUUCGAAAACGGUUAUUAUCGAAUUUAUCAUUUUUGAAGAUUAUAAUUAAAAGCAUUAAAAGGUUUUCCAAAAUUAAAUUGAUCAUGAGCCGUUUGUGCAGAAGUCUUUUAGUUUUUCUGCUUAAAGAGUCCUCUUGCUAAUUCGGUUAUUCGGUAUUACAGGGGUACACUUCAAAUAUUUUCUUCACUUUAUCGUUUUUUGAUUAAUUUCAUGAUAAAAAAAAGGGAGUCACAAAGUUUAAAGAUUUAUCCCCUUUAGUAAACUUGAGACUGGAGUUGUGCCCCUAUCAUAUUGUAUUAACGAUUUUACAUUUAAGAAAGAUUUCAAUGUCUAACAUCAUUUUUUGGAUUUUUUUUUAAAAAUUCUAUUUUAAUUUUAAGUUUGGUAUCUUCAUAUAUUUCACAAAUAGGCUUCAAAUUAACAGAUUCCCACAAAUUCAUUAUUUUUACUUUUAAAUAAACAUGGUGCUAUUAAUAUAUAAUUAGGUUCUUUAUCGAGUCAUCAUCCAAGAAGUUAUAUAAAUAUUUGAACAAUGUAUUGGAAUCCUAAAAAGUCGAAAAAAAGACUUAUAAGCCAAACGGUUUUUAAGAUAUUGACUUCCAACCUUUAGUACUCUACCCCUUUUUUGAAAGUGGAUCAACAAUUCUUUUCAGUUUUAGAUACGAUUUGAAGGUAAUACAUUUUGUCUAAAUAUUUUUCUCCAAUUUCUCUUUAUAAUAGCUGUGUAAUGCAGUGUGGAUAUAAUAUUUGAUAAAACUUGUUAUAGGACCGAUUAAGGAUCUCAAAUUUGAAAUCCGUUCGCUGCGGUGAUAUACAGAUUUUUUCUAUAUGAAGUUUAAGUUUUUUUUAAUGUUUUCUAAUAAAUUCAAAGAUUUAUAUAUCCAUUUCAAAUUGUCCAAUCCUUACAGGUCAUCAAGAACCGACAACCAACUUAAAAA